UCUCUCUCUCUCUCUCUCAAGUCAAGCAAGCUGAAACUAGCCGUUACUCUCUCUCUCUCUGUCUCUCUAACGCUCCCAUGGCUGCUUCAGUGGACUCGCCACCACCUCCCCGCAUCAACGAGGGCGCGGGCUUCGCGGGCGGCUCUUCUCCUCCUACUGCCCUCCUCUCCGCUUCCGCCCUGUUCAGCCCUUCCUCGGACAAGCGCUUCUGGAGCAGCCUGCGGUGCCGGGUCGACGCCAUCCUCGCGGAUCGGGACCGCGGGGCUGCCGCCGGGGAAACGGGGCGGGGCAAGGGGAUGAAGGAAGACUCGUUGCUCCUGCUCAGAGGGUUCGACUCCGUCGCCCACACUCUGUCUCAGCUCUCCGACAACAUCGACAACGCCCUUCAGGGAGCUAGAGAUCUGGCAAAGCCACCUACUCUGACGUCCAUCUUCCAUAGCAAUCUGAAGAAGAGUUCAGAUGACAGCAGAGAAAUAAAACGACAUUCCCGAGACGAAGAAGAAGAAGAAGAAAGGAAGAAAGCAGAGAAAAGAAAGUUCGAUUCGAGCAAUUGCUCCGAAGAAGGCGAUUCGCAGGAAGAAAAUGGUCCAAGCCCAAAACUCGCAAAGCUGAAGAAAGCCAAAAAUCUUGCGGUGUCUAUGGCAACAAAAGCAGCUUCGCUCGCGAGAGAACUGAACUCGAUCAAGUCGGACCUGUGCUUCAUGCAAGAGCGAUGUGCUCUGCUUGAGGAGGAGAACAGAAGGCUCAGAGACGGAUUUUCGAAGGGGAUUAGGCCUGAGGAAGAUGAUCUGGUGAGGCUUCAGCUGGAAACCCUACUGGCCGAGAAAUCCAGAUUGGCAAACGAAAACGCGAAUCUGAUUCGAGAAAACCAGUGCCUCAAUCAGCUGGUCGCAUAUCACCAGCUCACUUCGCAAGACCUCUCGGAGUCAUAUGAGCAAGUCAUGCAGGGCAUGUGUUUAGACUUCUCGUCUCCGCCGCCUCCCAUAGCCGAAGAUGAGGCAGAUGAUGGCGAUGAUGGAACUCCUGGAACUCCCGGGAACGACGUUUUCAGUUUUAACACUUCUUCUCUCCACGAGAGUUUCCAACAGGAACAGUUGUAGGAAGUGAAGUGUUCAUUGUAUCGGAAGUCCCAGAAGUGCGGCAACAAUGGUUUUUGUUGCCUAAUUUUGAUUUCGAAUUGGGAAUUUGGUGGAUCGCCCUUUCCACAAGUGAUAAAGUCAGACUUUUGUACUAGGCAAUAUCAAUAAAGUUCUUCAUGAACUUGAACGAGAAGUGUACGCAUGCACCAUCCUUCAUAUUUUGAUUGAUCAACAUCAGCAGUUGCAUUCCGGA